AUGGUUUAUCAAAAAAGAAAAUCGGUCACUGAAGGAUCAACGGGUAUUUCCUCAUUAUUCGAUAAUUCCUAUAAAAAGAAAUAUCCAAUUUCAGAUAGUGGAUAUUAUACGCCCUGCCACAGCUACAAUACCCGAUUGUCUUCAGCAAUAUCUCUUCGGAUCAAAUCAAAUCUUCAAGAUAAUGAUGACGCUUAUCUGCUAGACGAAAAUUUCGAUCCAAUUUCAGAGAGCAAUUCAUUUUAUCUUGACAAUUCUUCAAAAAGUUUGCUCGAAUACAAUUUUGAUUACACAUCAAUAAUGGACUGUUUUGAUGGUCCUGUCCUUCCAUGUCCUGGUAUGAACGAAAGACGUAAAUGGCUGAAAAUUUUUGGUAUUGUCCUAGUUAUUACCAAUUUCAAGCAGACAGUGAGAAAAGUGGUAGACCAAGAAAUUACUAAAAUCUACAGCGACAAAACUGGCAAAACCGAUUUUGCGUUGGAGUCUGCAGGAGGCAGAGUGGUACACUUAUCUCAAGGAACCAACGGAGGAGUCUUAAUCAAACUAUUGGGACCAAUAAAAAUCGACGCUGUCAGUCUGGAACAUAUUCCAAAAACUAUUUCUCCUUCUGGUGAUUCGACUACUGCACCUAAAGAUUUUAGCGUAUGGGGCAUGAAAUCGGUAACAGACAAAGGUUCUUUACUAGGUCAGUUUUCUUAUAAGGUGGACGGUCCUCUGGUUCAAAUAUUUUCAACCACCCAUAGUGUCAAUGACGUUUAUGAUUUUGUUGAACUAAACAUUCAAUCUAAUCACGGAAAUGAAGAUUUUACCUGUGUUUAUAGAUUCAGAGUUCACGGAACCAUGGACAAACCGAAAGACAAAUAA